AUGCUUGAAUCCCCUAGCACGAGCGUCCAGUCCGGCAGCACGUCGUCCACCACCAUGAGCUAUGAGUCCUCCGCCACCGACACCGACGGGUACAGCCGGAGCAUCUCCGACAGUACCGCCUUCAGUUUGUCGGAGAAGGACUCUUUAAAUCGCGGCAGCAAAUCGUCGUGUUGGGCACAACCGAGGGCCGAAACCCCUAAAUUUCUCAAUAAUCCAGUCCUCUUUGAUAGGAUAAAAUUGGGGAAUAGGGAAAUUGAUUUUGUCGUUAAGGAAAGUUAUGCACAACGGUCUUGCAAUAAUGCAAUGUACCAUAAAAACUAUGAUCGCCUUUACACGAAAAAUGAGAGUUAA